AAGAAAACCUGAUAAACUUGACAUUCUAGUAACUUGACGCCGAAAAUUCUUUCAACUUACGUAGAAUGCAAACAUUAUGUUAAGAAAGCUUAUUUUGCUUGCAGUACUCGAGAAAUUCAAACGAUAAAUAAAGUAAUGUUAAAUCUUUUGUUUGUUAUAACAGCAACAUCAUUUGUUGUGUUUAUUAAAGGAAUAUGUGAUUCCAACAAUGGACCAGCUGGAUCAAAAGAUUGCAUCUUGGCUGAUCCAAACUACACAAAAUAUCAAUGGGCAACUUGUCUAACAAAUGAUUAUAUUAGGCAGAAGUCAUCAGGUAAACAUAAAUGUCAAGAUGGGCAAGGAAUCUACUGUUACUAUCAAUGUAUGAUUGAAUUGUAUAAUCUUGAUCAUGGACCCGUGUACGACAACUGUGCUUGCGAAGAUAACAGUGAAUCAACUCUGAGUCCAAUGUCGACAUUACCACCUUCAUGUUAUAGCCCUACUGGAGCAGACUGUUCAUGGUAUAGCAACUGCCUGGCUGCUAAGUUUCCGUGCAGUGGAUCUCAAACGGAGUAUGCAAUAUCUUACGGUCAAAAAUUUUGUUCUCUUUACAAUGAUCGGAGAUCAGCAUUUUCUCAAAACGCACUCAAUUGGGUUAAUGCUGUGAGAAAAUGUCUACAAGUUAGUUUGGUGCCAUUACUUAGAGAUUACUCAACAGUUAGUUGUAAUGAUAUUUUUAAUAAAGCAAUGGCAUCGCAUCCAGGUUGCUAUGUGUCACCGUAUCAAGGACUGUCAGUUUGCACACUUUCACCAACCGAUUGGUGGCAGAUUUUUUGGACAAUAAAAGGUGCUUUUAAAGAUCAAUUUGUGGAAACUCUCUCGCAAUCUCUUGAUACAGCUUUGGGUUGUGUAAAGGAUGUUUGGUGGCCAAAAUCAAAAAACUCUUUCAGCAACUUUUGGUUAAAAUUAAAAUUAUUUUACACAAAUCGAAGGAAGAGAUCCACCGCCACUGAUAAAUCGAAUAAUGAAACUGCUUUCCAAAUCCUAGAAAAAAUUUAUGAACAAUUGAACUGGAACAAAUAUUCAAUUGAUUGGUACACGUACACUACAAAUUCAAGUUUUAAUAAUGACGAAUGGAGUGUAUUGUUACUACUUGCCGAUACUAAUGCACUUGGAUUUACUAACAAAACAACCAAGUUAAAUAUAGCAGAUGCAAUCAAUGCACUUUCAGACUCCAUUCAAAAAGGAAGUCUUCAAAUCAACUUGCCCGGUAACACUGGUGUUGUUUUUGUUGGUCAAACUCUGGAAAACUGUCUUCAGUUUGUCGAAGGCUCUUGCCUUGCAAGCCAAACACUGGCUACUUUGCCAAUUAAUUUUACGCUAAAUACAUUUACCACUAUGCAGCCUACUAUCAGCUCUUCGGCUUCGGUUAUGUUUUUAAUGGGCACCAAUAUGCUGGUUCUUUUUACAUGCACUUAUCAUUUUAUGGUAAAUUUUGCGUUAAAGUAAAAUAUUAAAUAACUUAUAGAAAAUUUAAUUAUCAAAAAGAUAUAAUAGUAUUAAUACUAUUCGGACUAAA